AUGGCAGGAAUGAUGAGAGAAGUAAAGUGGCUUGGAAGCAACAACUUAAAAAACUUAUCCGAAGAUCUAUUCACUGGGCAAGAUGAGUUAAAAUAUUUGCGGUUGAGUGGCAAUCGGCUGGAAAAGCUGCCUCCAAAAAUUCUUGAAGGAUUGUCCGCCUUGGAGGAACUGGAUUUGUCCUACAAUCAGUUGCAGUUUUUGCCUCGAGGGCUACUUAGCAAUAACACCAACCUGACAGAACUGAAUUUCUCAAACAACAAAAUUCAGCGUCUGCCCAUGGAUGUUUUUGGCAACCUCACUAAGAUGAAAAAGCUCUUUCUCUCCAGUAACAAACUUCAGCGCUUGCCAAGGUUCAAAAAUCUCUCCAAGUUAGAAAUAUUAUACAUGGAUAACAACAGCCUCGUACACCUGUCACCUGAUCAGUUCCAAGGCCUGUCCAAACUGGAGGAACUGGCUGUUUUUGAAAACAAUAUCAAAUACCUGCCGCGUGAAGUUUUUAAAGGCAUGAAAAACAUGAUGUCUAUGAGCUUUUAUUUUAACAACAUCCGUACCGUUACCAAUGAACACUUCAAAGAUGUCGCUCCAACUAUUCGAUUCCUGUACUUCCAUUACAACGAAAUGCGAGAACUACCGGAGGGUUUCUUUUCAAACAUGAAGUAUCUAAUAACUGCGACUGUAGAUACCAACCUGAUGUGUUGCCAUUUGACGAAGGAGGACGCAGAUUGCGACUUUGCUUAUGUCGACAGCUUCGCCAGUUGUGAAACUUUGUUCAGAAAUCGAGCUCCUAGGGAGUGCCUCUGGGUGAUUGGAAUUAUGUCGUUAGUUGGUGCUGUGUUUGUCAUUGUGUGGCGGUUGGUGUUUAAGGAGAAGAAGAAGAAAAACAAGAUACAGUCCAUGAUGUUGAUACAUUUGGCUGGGGCUGAUGGACUUAUGGGUGUCUACCUCAUAACUAUAGGUGUGGUGGAUGCCAUUUGGGCAGGGGAGUAUUAUUUGCAUGACUAUUACUGGCGUUCAAGUUUGACAUGUCAGGUAACAGGUGCCAUUGCCGUGUUGUCAAGUGAGGUGUCUGUAAUGACGAUCUGUUUGCUUUCCGCCGACCGGAUGAAGAAUAUUCUAUUCCCCUAUCGUGGAAAGUCCCUUUCACUUAAGGUUACGCACCUUUUGUGCUUCCUUAUCUGGAUUGUUGGUGGCAUAGUUGCAUUUAUUCCCACGGUGGGCUUUGACUACUUUGGUAGUCGCCAGAAAGGUCAUCACUUCUAUGGCAGAUCAGUUGUAUGUCUGCCAUUGCAGCUUUCCACCGAUAAGCCGUCGGGCUGGGAGUACUCUGUUGCCAUGUUUGUUGGUUUAAACUUUACCCUUGUGCUCUUUGUCAUUGUGGCAUAUGCGGUGAUAAUCUAUAAGUUCUGCGCAUCAAGCAGGCGCAUGGCUAAGCAAGGGACCGAAAGAGAGAGGAGAAUGAAAGCCAAGUCAAGGGCAGCCGAUUUAAGGAGGGAGGCCUCGCUCGCCAAAAGAGUGUUCUUCAUUGUUCUUACCGACUGUAUCUGCUGGCUACCUAUUGUGGCGAUUGGAGUGAGGUCUCUCCUGGAAAAAUCCUUCCGUACACCUGGUGACCUCGCAGUUUGGAUCGCAGUCUUUGUUCUGCCGGUUAACUCUGCCAUCAAUCCCAUUCUUUACACCUUGUCUACCCCACAGGUUCGAGGAGUCAUCAGAGCCAAACUCCAACCAUUGUGGGAUUAUCUGAUGGCAAAACUCGGCCGAAAUCAAAAUUUUGAAGUUCAAGAUCAAGGAAUAGAGAUGAGAGUUAUCGAAGAAGUACAAAACCAAGAGGAAGUUGAGAGCGCUGACGAUAGUGAGGAUGAAUCGCAAGAAGAACAAGGAGAUGGUGAGCAACAUGCAGGAUCAGGCGAAGACAAUGAACGACCUACUGAAUCCCAGCAAGUUGACCAUGAACAAGACGAAGAACCAAAACAAGCAAAAGUAGAAUCUACUGAAGAGAAGCAAGUUGAAUGUGAAGAAAACGAAGAACAAAAACAAGGCCGAAAAGAACCUACUGAACAGCAGCGAGUUGAACGUAAACAAGACGAAGAACCAAAACAAGACCAAGAAGAAGCCACAGAACAGCAGCAAGUUGACCAUGAACAAGACGAAGAACCAAAACAAACAAAAGAAGAAUCUACUGAAGAGAAGCAAGUCGAAUGUGAAGAAAACGAAGAACAAAAACAAGGCCGAAAAGAACCCACUGAACAGCAGCGAGUUCAACGUAAACAAGACGAAGAACCAAAACGAGGCCAAGAAGAAGCCACUGAACAGCAGCAAAUUGAAUCUAAAAGAAACGAAGCACCAAAAGAUGACCAUAAAGAACCCAAU